AUGGAUUUAUGGUCAAAUUUAGCCAUUGCUGGAAAUAUAUUGAAGACAAAACCUUUGCAAUUUUCCGACAAAUUGCAUAUAGAAGAUUUGAGUGUCUCAGUUGGAUGGUUAGCAAAAUUUAAAGAACGUUUUCAUAUAAAACAAUAUCAUAAAGCAGAAAAGGCCAUCGAAUGGAUUUAUCGUCUAUUGGAAUUAGUGGCCAAGGAAUUGGCCACCUUAUUAUGCAUUUUUGUAAAAUAUUCGAGAGGAAAUUCUCCAAGCUAA